AAAGAAGAAAGUGUCGAUUAGCAUUCCGUGUCUUUACUCUCCUCGAUUUCUCCCACCUCUGCUCCCUCUCGGUUGACUCCAUUCACUCUCAUCACCAAGCACUGUGCUCCCUCACUGUGCUCCCUCCAUACCAUCGUCAGACACCACUCCUCUACCCCGCUACACCGCUCUACUUACACGACACAACAUGGCUGCCGCCAUGAUCAACAACGUUCUGGAGAAGCUCCAUCUGACCAGUACACACGAAGCUCCCGAGGAACCCAGCCAAGAAGACUACCAGAAGCUCUUGGACAAGUUCACCAAGGCUGGUCAGGAGCAGGUCUUCGCCUUUUGGGAUGACCUCAACUCUGCCGAGAAAGGCUUCCUCUACCAACAGCUCGUUGAAGUUGACCCCGAAUAUGUCAACGACAUCACCAAACGCGCCUUGAACCCUCCCAAGACCGAGUCUGAAGACGCCGCACCCAAGCUCGAGCAGCUUCCCGAAUCCGCCACUUCUUCCAUCUACGACUCAAAGCCAGAGGAUCUGAACAGAUGGUACACACAGGGUCUGGAGUUCAUUGCCCAGAACCAGGUUGCAGUUGUUCUCAUGGCUGGUGGACAAGGUACUCGCCUGGGAAGCUCUGCCCCCAAAGGAUGCUACGACAUUGGACUUCCUAGUCAGAAGUCGCUGUUCCAGCUUCAAGCAGAGAGAAUUUGGAAGAUCCAGCACCUGGCUCAACACGAGCACAACAAGGAAGAGGUCGUUGUACCCUGGUACAUCAUGACCAGUGGCCCUACUCGCAAGCCUACCGAAGAGUUCUUCGAGAAGCACGCCUACUUUGGCCUCAACAGAAACAAUGUCGUCUUCUUCGAGCAGGGUACUCUUCCUUGCAUUUCCAACGACGGCAAGAUUUUGUUGGAGACAAAGUCAAAGGUUGCUGUCGCACCUGAUGGCAAUGGUGGUCUUUACAAUGCCCUCUUCAAGUCUGGUGUUGUUCAAGACAUGGAGAAGAGAGGCAUCAAGCACAUUCACGCAUAUUGUGUCGACAACUGCCUAGUCAGAGUCGCCGAUCCCACCUUUAUCGGCUUCUCUGCUUCCAAGAAUGUAGACAUUGCCACCAAGGUCGUUCGCAAGCGCGAUGCCAAGGAGUCUGUUGGUCUCAUUUUGUCAAAGAAUGGCAAGCCUGAUGUUGUCGAGUACUCGGAGAUUGACAAGGAGACUUCCGAGGCAAAAGACUCCAAGGAUUCAAGUCUGCUGAAGUUCCGCGCUGCCAACAUCGUCAACCACUACUACUCAUACAAGUUCCUCGAGAGCAUUCCCCAGUGGUCGGCUGAACUUCCUCAUCACAUUGCCAGAAAGAAGAUUCCCUACGUCGACACUGAGAAGGGUGAGACGGUCAAGCCUGAGAAGCCCAACGGCAUCAAGCUUGAGCAAUUUGUCUUUGACUGCUUCCCCUUCCUUUCCAUGGACAAGUUCGCAUGUCAAGAGGUCAAGAGAGAAGAUGAAUUCUCGCCUCUCAAGAACGCCAGAGGGACUGGUGAGGACGAUCCUGACACCAGCAAGCGCGACAUCUUCCGUCAAGGUACUAGAUGGCUCGAGGCUGUCGGAGCUGUUGUGACGAGUGAGGACGACAACGCUGGCGUCGAGAUCUCACCAAAGAUCAGUUACGGCGGUGAAGGACUCGAGUUCUUGAGCGAGCGCACAAUCAAGGCACCUGCAGUGAUUGAGCAGGAGAAGCAGUAAAUUGGUGGAGUGCAUGAGGCGCAAUAGGGCGUUGAUGGAAGUGGCAGUCACAGUAAUGAAACGACAAAGGCGCCGAGUAUAUUGAGUAACAAUCAAUCAAC